AUGUCUGCCAAUGUGAUCGAUGUUGAAAAUCUUUGCGACUUUGACGAUUUCGAAGAGCAGGUUGAAAUAUUCGAAAACGCCAAACAUCAUGACAACGGCAACCAUGUCUCCGUCCACAGUUCUGGAUUCAGAGACUUCCUACUGAAACCAGAACUCCUUUGCGCAAUCAGCGAUUGUGGAUUUGAACAUCCAUCGGAGAUUCAACUGGAAAGUAUACCUCAAGCUAUUCUUGGCCUGGAUGUCGUUUGCCAAGGAAAGUCAGGCACAGGCAAAACAGCUAUCUUUGUCUUGGCAACUCUACAGCAGCUGGAAGUGGAAGACAGUAGAGUAAGAGUUCUGGUGAUCUGUCACACCAGAGAACUAGCAUUUCAAAUUAGCAAAGAGUACGAACGAUUCAGCAAACACAUGAAAAACGUACGGACAGCUGUUUUCAUAGGAGGGAGAUCGAUUUCCAAAGAUGAGGAGACAUCGAAACAGAAACGUCCUCACAUCGUCGUCGGUACGCCAGGCAGAAUAUUGACCCUGGUAAGGAGUCGCCAUUUACAUUUGAAGCAUUUACAUCAGUUUGUCGUAGAUGAAUGCGACAAAAUGUUGAACCAGUUAGAUAUGAGGAAAGAUAUCCAGGAAAUCUUCUCUAGAACUCCACCCCACAAACAAGUCAUGAUGUUCUCGGCAACAUUUUCCGACGAAACUAAAGCCAUCUGCAAAAAAUUUAUGAACGAUCCAGUGGAGUUCUAUGUUGAAGAAAAACAGUUGACGCUCAAAGGCUUACAACAACAUUUUAUCAGCCUGCAUGAACAUCAAAAAAAUAGAAAACUAAUAGAACUGUUGGAUGCACUGGAUUAUAACCAAGUCAUCAUCUUUCUGAAAUCGGUUCACAGAUGCAUUUUUUUGUGCGAGCUACUUAACGAGCAAAACCUUCCAGUAACUGCGAUACAUCGAUCCAUGAAGCAAAACGAAAGACUGAGACUCUACCAGCGGUUUAAAAACUUCGAAAGUAGGAUCUUGGUGACAACGAACUUAUUCGGCAGAGGAAUUGACAUAGAGCGGGUCAACGUUGUCAUCAACUACGACGUGCCGGAAAAUGCCGACACAUAUCUCCACAGGGUGGCCCGCGCCGGCAGGUUCGACACGAAAGGAUUGGCAGUCACAUUCCUGGCCAACAAAAGCGAUGCUGAAAUUUUGAACGAAGUGCAGGAGAAAUUUGAAGUUUCCAUCAGUAAGAUGCCUGAUAACACCGAUCAGGCCCUGUACAUUUGA